GUAAAGAAUAAAAUGCCGGCACAAAGCAUAGCAUAGGGCCGGGUGCGCCCGAUAAGCUUGGCCACCUGGAACUCAAAUUCCAGGCCUCGACAGCCGGGGCGGAGCGCAAGCUGUUUGGCUCAACAUAGUUUCAAAGGAGUGCCCGUAACUAUCUUUAAACGCCAACAAAGAUCAGCGCCUAUGAUUAAACCUAGCAGAGACAAGUUGUAAGGUAGUGGGCGCUCGCGGCGUCGUCUGCGGCGCAGCCGCUUGUCUAAAUCUGAAAUGCCUAGCCGUAUAGAUGACGAUCUAGAAUGUGGAGCUCGGUCGCUGGCGUGCCUUGGCUACGAGGACCCUACAAACUAUGAUAAGGUCGGCGGUGGGGUCCGGCACACGCAGGCGUGCUGCUGCCCGGCCACUCUCGUGGCAGCCAACACUUCCCUACUGGAGGGCGAGGAGGCUGAUGGGGCAGCGGGCAACAUACCUUGCUCCAGUGGACUAAGCAUUGGGCCAAAAGGAGCGGAGGCCUAUGGCGGGGUGUGCCGCUCCCAAAUAAUCUGCGGGCUUCUGUGCCUCGGAGCUCCGGUGCUGUACACCGAAAACGUGAUCCUCCGCCAGCGCAUUCGGCAGAAGUACGGCCUGCGGCACUCCAGCUCGUGUGCGGAGAUGGCGGCCAACUGCUGCUACCCGUGCACGCUGGUCCAGGCGCACACGCUACUGCGCGAGCGCCAGUUCCAAGAAGCCAACGCAUUGCGGCACUCGAUCUCGAAGGACGUCCACGGUCCUCUGGAGGCCGCCAUGCGUGCCAUGCGCCGCACCGCCGCGAAUGACGUUGCUCGGAACCAGGCCGUCAACGCCGACCAGCGGCGGUCGGCGCAGGUGCCGCACCGGCCGGAGAAAGAUGCAGCCACGUCUGUCGGCGUCGUGCCUGCGGACGAUGCCGCGCUCGCUCGUGACACGCAGCGCGGCGCUGCGGCGGCUGCAAGUGGCGGCGGUGCGGACGAGCUGAAGGAAUCGUUGUCAUUCACAGCGCACGCGCACACGCAUGCGUCAGGCGAGGAGACGCCGGACAAGGUGACGCUGUUUGGGCGGGAGCGGCCCGCGCCCACCCGCCAGCUGCCGGCCGCCAGCGCCAGCAGCGCGUCCGGCUCUCGCAGCACCUCCAUUCCGCCUGUGGAGUACACAGAUUCGCCGCGAAUGGGCGGAGGCGGCGGGGCCAGCACGGGAGCUGCGGCAACCACGUCUUUCGCCGCCUCCUCGGCCUCGCACGACACCUCCGCACACCACCAUGACGCGGAGAGCGCCCUCACGGACUCGGCAUCCUUCCCCGUCCCGGCCGCCCUGCCCAUCCCGACCAUGGUGCGCGAGCCGCCUACAUUUGCGGUGCCGCCCACACUUAAACCACCUGACUCCAUGGACUCGGAGGUGGUGGCGGCGUGGAUGCAGGGCCCCAAGCUUACGCACCUUUCGCAGUCCCUGCAACGGCCAGCGCAGCCGGAGACGUCACGCAACGGCCCCGCUGCAGCUCCCGCCGGCAGCAGCCGCGCAGGCGCGCACCACCCCACCACCUCGGUGGGCAGUGAUGCAUCGCUGUUCAGCAUCGCGCUGGACCCGCCCUCCUUGCACGCCUCCCCCAUGCCGCUUAUGCCCGGCAGCCAUGGCAGCCGCGCCGCCGCCGCCACCGCCAUCUCGCCCGUUGUCGUCGCCAGCUCCACCGCGUCACCACCCGAGGCCGACAGCUUGCCGCCCUUGACGCGCCUGCCUGGCCCCACAUCCAUCGGCGGCUCCAGCGACGGCACGGGCCGCGGCAGCAGCAGCGGUGGCGGCGGCCUCGACACCAUCACCUCCAGUAAGCUGUCAGCCAUGAUAGAUCGGGAGAUGCUGAACGGCGGCAGCAGCGGCGGCGGCAGCACGGCUGGGCCCACGCCCAGCCAGUCGGCCGUGUUCCGCGACAGCACUGCUUUCCGCCACAGCGUCAUGGCACCCAUCGCGGAGGAGGAGGCAGCGGUGGCGGGCGGCACGACCGGCGCCAGCACGCCGUCGGCGUCCGUAACGGCGCUGCCGCUGCCGCCAUCUGCGGCACUGACGGACUCGGUCGUACUUGGCGCAAGCGUGGCGCUGGGCCAUGGUGGCAUGGCGGCAGCGGCACCGCCGGCACGGAACAGCACGCAGCAGCGUACAAGCCAACAGCGCGGCAGCUCCGCCGCGCCGUCGAGCGGCAUGGGCGGCUUGCGUGCGGGCGGGCCGGCCGCAGCCUCUCGCGGCAGCCGCGGUGGUGCUGCAGGCCCGAAUGUGGCCGUGGCGGCCGGCAGCGCCGCCUUGACCUCCCUUUCACGCAUGGGCAGCGAGAACGGCAGCGGCGGCGGCGCUGCCCCUGGCGGCGGCAACAACCGCCGCAGCGGGCCCAGUAGCCUGCAGCGCCGCGCCACCGGUGGUUCUUCUUCGUCCCUGGCGCCAGCACGUGCCUCCGUCGCGCAGCCGCGCGCCUCCGUCGCCAAGCCCGACGGCGUCAGCGCCGGCAGCAGUGCAAAUGUCAGCCGGCGCACCACGGUGGCGACGGGCGACGGCAUGGGCGCGUCCGGCGACAACUUCUCCUCCCUGCACACGCAACCGCCGCCACCACCGCACCAGCCGUACCUGCACCACCCGGCCGCCGACGGCCUGGAUGACGAUGCCGUGAACCUGGCCUCCAUCCGGCCCAGCUUCAUCGACGCGCCCAACAUGGAGCAGUUCAAGUCCGCACUGCGUGCCGCCGGCGAGCGCGCCGACGCGUCCAUGGCAGCUGCAGCGCCCGUGGCGCCCGCUGGCGUCAGGUCCAGCGGCUUAACUCAAACGCCACCGCCGCCGGCAGCAGCAACAGCAGCAGCAACAGCGACUGCGUCACGGUCGUCGUCGCGCCUGGGCGGCGCCGUGGCGGUGGUGGGCCACAUUCCGCCCGCUUCGGCCGGCAGCUGCCGGUACGGUGGCGCCGCCGCCGCGCCCGCCGCCGCCAUGUACGCGAGCUACUGCGGCGAGGGGCCCUCCCACGAAUCCGGUGACCACGACUCCGCCCUCGAGGACGAGGCCUCCAGCGCCAUGGACGGCCCCGUCAGCAGCGCCGAGGCGUCCAGCGCCACAGCCUCUAGCACCGUCGCGGGUGGCAACGCGGCCGCAGCCCGCCGUGGCGGCUCCGCCGCCGCUGCCAAGGCGGCCCCGCAGGCAUCCUCCUCUUCUUCCUCUCGCGCCUCCGGCGCCACCGCAAUGGACGGUGACGCUUCCGUCUCCGUGGCCGUGCUACGGCCCACUGGGCUCGCUGUGGGCGCCUCCGCCGCUGCCAGCGUCGCCUGCGGCGUGGGCGGGCCGCAGCCCGCCACCAGCCCCUCAGCGGACGUGUCAGCCCUGUCGGCGUCCAGGCAGAGCGCCAGUGGCCUGAGCAACGGCGACCCCGGUGCAGGGACGUACGGCCCCGGGCCCUACGACUCCACCGCGGACUCGGCUGUGGCGGUGUCGCAGCAACGGAAGCAGACGUGGAUGAACUGGAUGACCCAGUCUUACAUGUCGGGUGGCGUCGGCUCGGACGCGGGCUCCUCGAGAGUCAUGAGGUCUGGGCUGGGCCGGCCGGGCGGGGCGCCGGCCCCUGGAGUCAGUGGCGUGCGGGCCGCAGGUGGUGGAGGCGGCCGAGGUGGAGCUGCGCCGGAGCCGGCGAGCAGCUCCAACAGCGUGAGCGUGAACCAGCGUGAUGUGCAGGACGAUGCCGCGUCGGGGCCUGUGUACCGCAGAUGGACCUAGGGGAUGACAUGGCGGCAGGAGGAACUGAUAGCAGGCUGUAUGGCGGGGCAGGAGGAAACGGUCGUGAUUGGUUGGAGCAGCGAUUCGUAUAGAAUAGUUCAGGGGUUGUCAUGUGUGGCAGUAGUUUAGUUGUGCAUGGCGUGCGUAACCUUGCAUUCAAUCGGCGUGAGCAGGUACUCCUACAUGCAGCCGCGAGAACUGUGAUCGGGAAUGCAGGCAUUACGUAUCGGCGUAUCGUGUGCUGAACGGAAGGAGCGCGUCCCCGCUAAUUUGCGGAUGUUGUGCGUGGGCCGUGACUAGUGUAUGUUGCAGGCCGCCGGCUACGCUGCAAAGCUGAGAUCAGUGCUUAUGUGUGUAUGGGGGGGACUGGCGUGCAUGGGUGUGCAGCCAUCGUGCACCCUGCACACCCCAGGCCCGCAAAUUGCAGCUACGGAUUUGCGGAAGUAGGUGCUGUUACCAUGUAGGGAACUAGGAACACCCCUUGUAAGUCUUACAGGAGGCUGCCAUGCAUGCCAUGUUCAAGGAAUGCUCCGUCAUGGCGGCCCCAGCAUUCAGAUGACCGGCCUGUAAACUUUGCUGGGUUCAAACCAACGGCUCGCCAUGCCGUAAGACGGUAUACCGGCGUUGCGACGAGUGCAGUAAUCACAGAUUCGCCACGUCCGUAUAGAUAACGGCGGCAGGCUGCUAGUAGCAAUCGCUUGUCGAAGAGUGGUGUAGACGUAUACAGGCCGCACCCCUGGUCGUAUCUGAGGCUGUGUUGAAUGUCACCUCUACGCUGCACGUCGUCGGGCGAGGACAAUUGGCAGCGACGACGUCCCAGUGUGGCGUUGGAGCCUUGGGGGAUGGAGGGGGAGUGGAAGGCGCCGGCUUUCCAAGUCGUGACCCGUGGCCCUGGCAGCAAGUGAUGUAUUCGCUUGGCCAUGCUUUAGCAGCGCGCAUGGCAUCGUGAGUCACGCACAUGCGGCGAAGGGGGAAAGGGGAAGUGUUGUGCUGGCAUGGCGCGUUUGCCAUGGCAUGCGGAACGGAACGUUGGCAAGUUAUUAACUGUCGUUCGGAGCCCGCCGCUCUACCUCUACAUGCUCCUGCCACAGGCACUUGUUCCGUCGCCAUGCAAAAAACAGAAAACACCUCUUUGGUACGGUGUGAUGGUACACGCGUGUAAGGUUUGGCUGUA